AUGAUGAGAAUUUUAUAUACCAACGUAUUUCUAUUUAUUGCUGUACUCUUUUGCAUUCUAUCACCUGGAAAUAACCCACUCCAUAAAUAUGUUGAAAUAAAAGAAGGAAUAAAUAAUUUAUCUAUUCAUGCACAUUUAAGGCUAUUAACAGAAAUAAUGGAAAAUUGUUCUUUAAAUGGAUUCAGAUUAAAUGACAAAAAUGGAGAACAUGAUGAAGAAGAAGAACGUAAAUGUGAUGAUGAUCAACAUAGUGAAAACCAAGAACAUGAAUGUGAUAAUGAUCAACAUAGUGAAAACCAAGAACAUGAAUGUGAUAAUGAACAAAAUGAUGAAUCUAAAUGUGAAGAGUCAAAUAAUACUGAUCAAGCUGAUGUCAAUUAUCUAUCGAUGCCUAUACAAAUACCUUACUUAAGAAAUGAAAUUAUGGAUGAUAAUUAUUAUAGUCGUUAUUUUGAUAGUAAUAUUAUGAGAACAGAUGAAGUAACUACUCGAUUAAAUGAUCAAAACUUAAUAGAAAAAUGUUUAUGUAAAUUAAAAGCAGGUAAAUAUAUAAACGAGGCAAAAAUAAAAUAUGCACAUGAAAUAAUAGAUUCCAUGAAACUUACAGAUAAAGUAAAAGAUAUAUUUAAAGAAUUCAUGCGUUAUUAUAUAUGGAAAAGAUACCCAAGUCAUCAACUUAGGUUAUAUAAGAAAAUUAAAAAGGAUAUCGAAAAAUACACAAGGAAUCAUGUUAUUUGUUCUCUUAUAGAUUUUGAAACUAUAGAAGAUGAACUAUAUUAUUUAAUAUACCCUAAUAGAGAAAUGUACAUGUCUUUUGAUACAGCAGUGAAUACUAAAAGAAGAAAAAAAAUUAAAAAACUAAUGAGAGAAAAAGCAAGGAAAGAUAAAGAAAAAAAUGGAUAUAUUUAG